GAAGGUUACUUACAUUCUGGCGAGUCUUUGCAAUUGCUUCCACUAUUCGUUUUCCAUAAUGUUUCAAAGACAAAACUGCGGGUGUGUGUCGCAACAUCGUUCUAUCUCAGCUUUGCAACUGGCUGUUGCUGUGUCAAGCUACCGUAGUUAGAAGGGAGAUUAGCUUGAUUUUGCUGCCAAUUAGGAGCCUCUCUCCUUGAUACCCACCGUGCCAAUGGACUACUCCUUUUCGGAUUCCUACGAAUACGUCGGCGACACGACGACAAGCUCUGAAGGGCACUACAGCCAGAGUCCAAGUGAAAGUCUGAGUAGCAGUGCUAGACCAAACUCGACGCCGGUGAGCAGAAGCGGAAACAGCAGUCGCGGUGCAAGUGCUCGUGAGAGUGGUCGCAGCAGCUACGGUAGUGGUGGUGGUGCGAGUGUCGAUAGCAGCGUCAGGGCCACCGAUGGACAAGGCCGGGUGGGCAGCAGAGCCAGCAGUAGAAGCAGUAGAAGCAGUCAAAAACGUCAGGAAACAAGAGCAGCAUCAGCCCCUACCAUUGGACUUGUACUUCCCAUCAAGCCAAACAAGGAAAACCGGAAUACGAUUGGUCGAAGCAGUCACGAUCCUAUUAUCAUGACCUCCCAGCCAUCAUCGGAGCUACCGGUACUGGCUGCUCCUGAAGUGGAUUACACUGGUCUGACCAUGCAGUCUGUCAACUCAACACCUCUCUUUGAAGCCAUUCGUACCCGUGAAUGGCGUCUUUGUUUCACGUUUCUGAGAAACGACUACUCUUACGAUGGAUCCAUGCUACCUCCCCAGGACCAGGUACGAGCAUGGGUGAGCAUGUACCGUUCCGAUGGAGUACUAUUGUACACUCGGCUUCCCAUUCACGAGGCACUAUCUCGUGGGGCUCCCGCAGAUUUGAUCCACAUACUGCUGCAACAGCAUCCAUUGAGCGUCGAAAUUCAGGAUUCCAACGGGAAUUUGCCGCUCCAUCUGGCAAUGGCUAACAAUGCGGAAAGGCUCGUCAUUGAAUUGAUUAUUCAAGAAUACCCGUUGGCCAUGGAAGUGACCAAUGGACAGGGGAAGCUACCUUCGGAAUGUGGCAGACUAAGCAGAGACGCGAACGACUCUUCUCCUUUGAGGGGUGAGGUUCUGAAGAAGUAUGUGGAUAGUGCCAAGGAGGUAGCCUCACAACAAGUUCCCAAGCUCAAGGACAAGCUGUUUGAAGUCAACAGAACCAUUGAAGCUGCCAAGUCAGAAUUACGAGUGGCCAAGAUGGAGCUGGGGAUGAUUAAACAACAGGAGAAGAUGCGCUUGCAAAACAAGGAGAAGGAAGAGAAUCGAAUGAAGGAGGAGGUACUGCGGUUGCGAUCUGAAUUGCAAAGCUUGAGAAACGAGCAAGAGCUGCUCUCGGCGGAAAAGCAACUAUGGGCUGAAAAGGCACUGUUUCAACAGGAUCACCAAGAACAACAAGGUCAACAACCUCAACCCCAACCGCAGCAGCAGCAACAACAACACCAAAUCAUUGUACUAAGCGACUCAGAUAGCGACGACACCCAUUGGAUUGCCACGGAGUUUAGUGAAAUGGUUUCGGAGCUCGAACAGACGACCCGCACAGUGCACCAAAGGCAACCAUCGAAAAGGUAUGAUCGAAGUGCGGAACACUACAAGAAAUCACAAAUGGUAUCGAAGACUUCGAGAGGCGGCAUCACAACUUCGUUGUUUCGUCCAAAGUUGGAUACAAUGAAACUGUCAAGGGAAUUCCGCGAACUCCAAGAAAGCGUCACCGAAUCCACCGAUUUGUCGCAAGACUUGAAGGACCCGCAGCUGAGUGUUGAGGACACGGAAACUUCUAGAGCCAGCAAUGACGAUGAUGACUAUCUAACUAUUCGACUCAUCCGCGAGCAGCUGGAACGGAGCCGCAAGAAGCUUGACAGCCGCUCCAACAGCGAAGACAAGGAAGAUGAGUCCUCGCGCCGAUCGGGAAGUAGCCAUUUGGUGGAGGGUGCGCACAGUCGAGAAAAGGACGAACGCUUUCUUUCACUCGACGAGAGGCUCCGCGGUGUUGUUGAUAAUUACGUUUCCGUGAAUGAGAGACUCAAGAACGUCAUCAAUGAACCUGACAACAAGCCAGAGACGCAAGAGAGCCCUCCCCGUGAGGUUACCGAUAAGAGUCCUCCCACUCAUGGUCCUCGUGCCCCCAGUGAUAGCGCCCCGGAACAAAGAGAGGACCCAUUCAUCGGCCUUGCGAACAUUCGUAAUGAUCUCGAUGGAGACGCCUCGAGAGAUAGCGGACGCAACAAGGAGGCUUCGCUGGACAUCCUCCCACGGUCUACACAUAAAAGCCCGGUAGGUAGAGAUGAUGACGUCCCUUCCCUUACCCGGAGUAAUUCCGACGGCCGGAACAGUCAGUCAUCGAGACGAAGCGGCAGAGAUGCUCUGGAGGGGAUAUCCAAAGUCGCGAGCGAUAGCAGCGAAACUAGUUUGAGAGAGGGAAACAGAAAAAGCCCUCUCCGCAGAACUCGAAGCAGCAGCAGCAGCCCUCACAGCAGAGAAGAAGGAAGCAGAGACAAGAAAUUGCAUGGCGUUGAAAGGAGCUCCGCCGAUGUAUGCGGACGCAUUUCUAGAGAAGGAUCACCGAAGGGCGACGAAAACAGACCAAGAACACUUGAUAUUGAGUCAACCGUUCUCACAGAGGACGAUUUGCGCAGUAUCAAUCGCAAUUAUCAAUCUAUAGGAGCCACAAGAAGUCAAGAGAGGCCGAACAGUACUAUGAUCGUCGAGCGUCCUGGUUCCAUACUAGAAGAGAGGUCGACCAGUGUCGUCGUUGAGCAUCCCUCAGACGAUAGGCCCAGCAGCGUCGUCGUCGUUGAGAACCGCAGACCCAGCAGUGUCGCCGUUGUGGAAGAUCCAAGUUCUAACCGAGAGGAGAGGCCCACAAGCGUCGUCGCGGGAAGCCAAGGAUCGUUUCACAGCAGAGGCUCCUCGAGCACACAAAAAAGAGGCCACGCAAGUGGCUCGCCGAUCGACAUUCUACGAAGCAAGUCAUCAAGCAACUCUAAACUUGAGAAAAAACUCACCAUGCUCUCGGAGAACACAAACCCAACAACGGCUCGUUGGAACUGCAAUAGCAUGGCGGAUGACUUGACCUGCCAGGAUGACGAGGAAGAAGGGAGUAAGGAAGAAGUGACGGGUGUCAUCAUGAAUAAAGGUACUCUGCUAGCAUCAAUUCGAUCCGUUCUGUUGGCAUCAGAUGGUACCACAAGCUCUGUUCAGCAGGAAGGCUCACCCCCUGUUGAUGACAUCGUGAGCGUCACCGAUGUAUCCGAGGCUUUGGAUAGACACUACGAAGAGCAACGCCACGAAGGAGACGAGGAGGAGGAGGGCGUCGUCGUGAACAAGAAUGCUUUGAUAGCUUCCAUAAGACAGGUAUUGUUGGCUUCAGAUGCUGCUUCUGACUCUGGCAAACCGGAAACGGCCAUCGACAGGAGUGACCCCGCCGUUGCCGAAAGAUCCUACGCCUUCAAGACAUGUGAGGAUGAUGAUGCACUUUCGCCUUUGAACAAAAGCGUACUACUAGCGUCAGCUCGAGAUAUCCUAUUGGCUGCGGAAGGCAGCACGAAGAAGGAAAACCCGUCUACCGGGAUCAACAGGAACAACACAGACGUGAGCGAUAAAUCCACAGUCUUGUGGAAGAGCUAUGGGCCCAAGGUCGAAGCAAACAAGGAAGUGGCACUCUUAGAAAAAAGAGAGCUACUAGCUUCGGCUCGAGAGAUCUUAUUGGCCUCGGAAGAAGCUUCUGUUUCCAAAGACGACGAAGAGGAUGCCCGCAUACUAUAUAAACGGGCGCGGUCACCUCAAGACUCAGUCUCUGUCCAACAUCAGCUCUCCAGGGUUAGUGCAUUAUCCACACACCUGUUGGCAUCGGAAGACGAAAGAGACGAAGCAAUUGUCGACGACCGGAAUGACACAAGUGUUGGUGACAGAUCCGUUGCGUCGCGGAGAGGGCAUGUGUCGUUUGCCGACGAAACGACGAUAUACGAGGAGGCAAGGGAGGGAUUCUCAUCGCAAUUCAGCAAGUUUGACGACGUUGUAGACAAAGCCAUGUCAAGAAUCAGUCUGAAGACGAACAAUGGAAGCAGUAGAAACAGGAGUCACCGUCGUGGCCACAGCCGAGGACGAGGCAAUCCCCGCGGAAUCGUGCAGCCGAUGACGGCGCAGGCAAUGAGGCACAUCUAUGUCACGGGCGAGGACAGGGUUGAAAUCCUCAGUUCAGAGCCCAAGUAUACCUACAGACCGGGAAAGUCGUCAUCCUCGGUUGCACACUCGGAGGGGGCAGUUGCAUUGGGAGGAGAGUUGUACCCAUCUGGUUCUGACGGGUAUACCUCCGAGCUCUAGCUCUCUCCCCAGUUCUGGCGCAGCGCUCCUUGUUUCGAUUGCAUCUUCCAAGCAUGGAAACGAAUAAUUCAAUUGUAUGCCCGAGUGGCAAGCGUAACAGAAAGACAGCUAACGUUGCAUAACAUUGUAUACAUCUCGAACGCUGUCUUAGAUUCGAUUGCUUCUGACUUCCACUUUCACGACGCAACGCUACCUGGUAUCCAGAGUGCGGGCUGGAUGAGGUUGCAAAGCAACUGGAUGACGGACUCGACUCUUGAAAGCUCUCUUGAGCAACCCGAUUUAAUGGAAUCAGAAUGACGACGAAGGCUUGGACACCAAACAAAGCCCGACCCGAAUCAUACGGUAUGAUGGGGAUCUGGCAAGAGGCAAGAGGCAAGAGUAGCUCAAGAGUGCAAGCUAUGGAUUCCAAUCGCAGUUCGCUUUCGUUGGCGGAACGUGUUGGAGUGGCGGUUCGGAAGUGCAAAACUGCGUCGCCAAGGACUUCCCGUCGCUCCACAAUCGCCGCAGCCUAAUAAACUGUCCUUGUACGUGGUUGCCACAGCUUGCUGGUUGACGUUCUGGCCUCAUCGAUCAUAGAGUUUCCGUUCUAGUUCCAGUUGUAUCUUGGGGCUCUUAUUAGUGUAGCCGUGUGGGCUCAGAUACUAGGCAUGAUCGCAACUCCAUCAUGACCAUGAGAACAGAAUACGGGCCUGCAUCGAGUCCACCUGUACGGAACUCCUUGGCUUGAAUCCGAAGCUCAGUUGAUGAGCUGGCGGGAUUUCUUCACCAUAGUCAUACCGGUAUGCUCAUGGUGGAUGGUUUGGGCGUUGGGCAGCCGAAGCACAAAUCCGAUCUCCUCAGAGCGGUACGUCCUAAUACCUUGUUCAACGUUCAACAUGGCAGCAUGAGCGUACUACGGUAGGCAUUCUCCGCCGCAAGGGCCUUUGUGCCCUUCUGCCCCCAAGCUAUUCAAGGAUGUCCCGGUUCGAAACCAAAACCCGAAUAGUUACCGAAGCGACUAACCGGACCCCCUUAGGGGGAGACAUACAAACCAAACCAAACCAAAAAUUUCCGGACCCCUGGCAGCCGAAAAGGGGUGAAAGGCAGUGAUAUGAUUGGUUAGUCAAGCUAAUACGUCAGGAAGUAUGUCGCAAAAGAUUCAAAUAUACUUAACGUACCAUUUAUAGUUAUUACGGAUACAAUGUGCUA